AUGGCAUCUUCACAGUCCAGCAGGAUAUCCUCGUUGAUCAGGGAAUUAUCCGUCAUUGAGCAACAAUCCAAUGGCUCAGUCUAUGAAAAUGAGAAUCUUCGUACGGAUGCCGCGCACCUAGUCCGAAAAUUAGCUGUGGUUUUAGAACGACCGCACGAGGUGGUGUUGAUGAAUUCGUCCCUUCCUGCCCAGACCGCUGCGGUCCGAAUAGCGGUUGACCUACAUCUUUUUCAACACUUGGGCGAUGGACCAGAAGCUAAGGAUAUAUCCGAACUGUCAUUAAAGACGGGUGCUGAUGCCGAACUGUUGAUUCGUAUACUUCGACUCCUCUCAGCGAUGGGCUGGGUGGAUCAGGUUGGUGAUGCGUCCUUCAGACCAACAGCCAUCACUCGCACAUUAAAAGAAAGCGAGUCUCUCCAAGCUGGUGUUAAACACAUGUAUCUCACAUUCCCGGUAUAUGACAAACUUCCCAACUACUUUGCGGAGUAUGACUACAAAUCCCCCAUCAACGUCCAGGAUGGUCCGUUUCAAUACGCCCACAACAUAAAGGAAACGACGUUUGACUACUGGGCCAAAGAUCCUAUAGUAACCAAAUUGUUCAAUACGUUCAUGACGGGUGUCCGUGGAAGUAGGCCACACUGGGUUCAUUGGUUCCCAAUUCAGGAAGAGCUCAUCAAUGGAUCAAGUGGGAAAGAUGAGGACAUGCUGCUGGUCGAUGUUGGUGGCGGGAAAGGCCAUGACUUGAACAAAUUUAUUGCCACCUUUCCCGAUGCAAAGGGACGAUAUGUCUUGGAAGAUCUCCCUUUAGUCAUCGACGACACUUACGACAGGAACCCGAGGAUCGAGGCUGUAAAACACGACUUUUUUCAAGAACAACCUAUCCACGGUGCGCGAAUGUAUUUCAUGCACCACGUAUUGCAUGAUUGGCCGGAUGACGAUGUUGUACGGAUCUUCUCACAAAUUGCCAAAGCGAUGAAACCGGGUUAUUCCAGAUUGUUGCUGGGAGAAAAUGUUUUACAAGAUAUCGAUUGUCACCUCUAUCCCGCUUUACUGGAUUGGGGUAUGAUGGUUCUGCAUUCUGGCAUGACGAGGACGGUCGGACGAUGGCGAAUCUUGCUUGAGAAAGCCGGACUCAAAUUAGUCAAGUACUGGGCGCCCCCCGGAGAUGGAGAUGGCAUUGUGGAAGCGGUCCUUGAAGAAAAUGACGCGUGA